AUGGCUCGUACUAAGCAAACUGCACGCAAGUCUACCGGGGGCAAGGCCCCACGCAAACAACUUGCGGCGAAAUCCCAAGCGCGCAAAACUGCGACCACUGCCACCGGUGGCGUGAAGAAGCCUCACCGCUUCCGUCCUGGCACUGUCGCACUGCGCGAGAUCCGACGGUACCAGAAAUCCACCGAACUUCUCAUCCGGAAGCUGCCCUUCCAGCGACUUGUCCGCGAAAUCGCACAAGAUUUCAAGACCGACCUCCGCUUCCAGUCCUCCGCCGUCAUGGCACUGCAAGAGGCCUCGGAGGCAUACCUUGUCUCGCUCUUCGAGGAUACCAACCUCGCUGCCAUCCAUGCAAAGCGUGUCACCAUCCAGCCGAAAGACCUCGCGCUCGCACGGCGAUUGCGGGGAGAGCGGUCAUAG